AUGGCCCUUAUACCCAAGAACUCCAUUCCGAACCCACCACAAAGUAUAUCCGACAGCUCCGACGACGAAGAUGGAGCUCGUAUUUAUACCCCUCCUGAAACCGAUUCCACCGACGGUCCCUCAAGUUCGACCUAUCUCCCAGACAUAAGUCACUUCGGCGAUAUAAUUCAAGGACUUCGAAAUAUCAAACUUUCCCAAGUUGAUGCCGAUAAGUCUGACGCAUCGGAGCAAGAGGUAGGCAAAGAUCUAUCCGCAAAUAAGAAGACUAGAAGAAGCAAAGCCAAGAAAAUUGUUCCCGCGGAUACUGCCGUCAGCAAUGUUACCGAUGCCCUCCAGAGCCUUACAGUUUCUAACGAAGGAACGACUGAUCAUUUAGAGCAAGAGCGAACUAAUGCAAAGUCUGCAAAGAACAGGAGGGAGAAAGAGAGGAAGAAGAGACGCAAGGCUGAACUGGCUGCGGAAGAUGCCAACAAGGACAUUGACGCGGCAAACGCGAAUGACAAGUCCGACUACAGAAUUAUAAAAGACGCUGGAUACCGCAGCAUGAAACAAUUCAUGGAUAUUCAUGGUCUCAGACUCCACGACUCUGAGGAUAUUGCUACGGCCAAAACAAUCAUCAAGGAUAUGUGGGAAAUGAGUUUGGAUAAGUAUCAGUACCCUGACAAUCAAGCUGCAUCCGUGGAGGAGGAGGAAGACGAAGAGGAGGUGCCAGAGAAAACUGUGGGAUACGGGGCAAUAUCCAACUAUAAAUGGCUCAAGGACUCGGAAUGGGACAACAUUAGAGAUUUUAUGGUCGCCCAUGGGUUUGAUUGGCAUGACUUCGAUGAUCGUACUGCGGCUAAAGAGUUGAUUGAGAGGAUCAAGGAGGAUCAAGCUUUUGAGAAACAAGCCAAACAGCCGCUUCCACGAAUGAGAAACGAGGUUGGAUAUGCUUCUGCCACACCAAAGACGGCCAAGACCAAGAAGAAGACUGUAGUCGGCUUGUGGGAAGAUUAUUUUGGAAAUGAGACCCAGCUUGCAAACUGGCAGAGACUGUGUGUCGAUGUUGGCAUGGAAGAAAUUCCUAGUAGCAUCACUAAGUGUCGCAAGGCUUUAGGAAAAGUAUGGGUCAACAUCUACGACUUCCUCGAUGCUAAAGCUGAAGGUAAACCAGUCAAGAGAUAUAAGAGUGAACAGAAGCUUGCUAUGUAUACAAUGAAAUCAGGCAAGAUAUAUCCUAAGAAGCAGGCUAAGCAAGGCGGUCCUGCUAGAGUUCUGUUGGCGCAUAUUUUCGGACAUUGA